AUGAAGAACGGACCAGCGACUAAGCGACCAUAUGUUGAGGUAUGUGAAAACGGUAAUGGUUGUAUAUUGAAGGAUGAACUGCAUGUUUGUUCUCGAUUAUAGUGACUUUUUGAACAAGAUGAUUGCGGUAAAUCAGCUGGCGCAUAUUAUAUUGAGAAGUAGUUGAAGAUGCUCAUCUAAACUGAGAGGAGACAAGCGAAGACUCGGAUGAGGAGGGUUCCUCAUCUUCCAGCUCGGAGGAAGAGAAGGUCAGCGAAGAAGGUUCGGAUAGAGCUGCAGCAUCGCCAAGUAAACUUACGAUGAGUAGCAAAAGUAGAGCAAGAACCCUUGUACAACUUAGAGAAGUUCUAGUACUCUUCGUUCUGACUUCUGCUGUAAUCUCGUUUCUUUUCGAUUUCGCUAUUCGCUUUUUAUGACACUUCCACUUGUAUGCUUUUUCCCGUCGUUCGUGUGAUAUGAAUUGUCGUAUUUGUAAAUAAACAGUCUCACUCCAACAAGGACAUCAACGUCUACUCUUCUCCUCUUCAUUUCGUAUCAUGAACGUCUACUCUUCUCCUCUUCAUUUCGUAUAUGACAUUCUUCCUUUUCAUGAGUAGGAUGAAUCGUCUAAUCACAGAGCAGAGCAAGAGCCUGAGCCGGCUUACGCGUUGGUGCUUCCCGAGACGCGACCUGGGAAGCAAGGAACUGUAGGGCUCAAAGCCGCAGCAGCUCUUGUUAAGGCGAACAAGGAAACAUGCGCGGAGGUUGCUCAAGAGUACAUAUCACUGAUAUCUAUAGUUGAUUUCUUUGUGUAUGUGUCUCUCGUCUACUUGUUCUCAUCAAGAAGGAAAGUGCUUUCGGAAAACAGGAGCAAGAAGGAAAGUUCUUCCGGAAAACAGGAGAGAUCUAAUUUUUUUCGCCACACUCGCGAUGGAGGUGGGGGCCAAUUGCUGUUGUAUCUCGCGGUUCAGAACCGCGCGUCUCAGCCGCAGCGACAGUUCGCAUUGCAGCUUAAUAAGAAUGUUUUCGGCAUAACUCUGAGCAAAGAGCAAAGUGCGAUGGUAGGAACGAGCAUUGGUACGUUAGGCGCGGGAGAGAGCAGAACUGUAGUGCUGCCGCUUUCCGUAGUGCCGUUGGCAGCGGGAAGUCUUAUGCCGUGGUUCUUAAUGUCGAGAAGGUGUACAACAGUGACUGAGAAUAUGAUAAGAUGUCCAGUCGUGACCUUCUGUGUUGAACAAGGAAGUGCUGUAAGUAACUGUAACUAGCUCCCCUUACUAACUCCCUUACAUGUAUCGUUUUCAAGCACUCAGUUCUUCGCCUAAAAAGUAAGCUUAUUUUUGCAUCGUCAUCUGAACAAGUCGCCAGUUGCUGUCACCUCUAAGUUUUCUCCAGGAGCCGCUGGAGAGCAGGCUCAACUCUACCUCGAGGCUGCGAUGAAGAUUAUGGAUGGACGGAUGAUUAAUAAUACAUAAUACCACUUCUUCUUAGACAUAGUAGCACUUUUUCUUAGAUUUCAUCUCAUGCUCCUGGCUACUUUUCCUUCCCUGGCUGUGCUUUCCCCCUGAAUUUCGUAUCCACUGAGCAAAGAUCUGUGGGUAGUAGUACAAUUCGCUUGCUCUGGGACCACAACCUACUUCUUCUACAACUCGCACUCAUGUCUUGCUGCUACCACCAAUUAUUACCUCCACACCUCUAGUACUUGCUCUUGCAGCACUUGACUUCUUCGUCUGCUCCUGCACUACUUGCUAACCUCCCCAGUUUUCAACCGAUCCUCUCCUGCCACUAGUUACCUCUACCUAUUUAGUUGCCUCCGCUUCUUCUCUUACGGCAGCUACUAAUUAACAACGACAACUACCUGCUCUAGCGCUACCACCUGAACGUCUCCCCCUUCAUCCUCAUCCUUCCUCCAACAGGCCGUUCACCACCACGUUCACCACUACUCACUCUCUUCUAACCUAAGCUCAGCAGAUUUAUGGUACUUCAAGAUACCACUGGAUUUCGCUACGUUGCUUGUCCCAGGAAUGGCCCUAGCGCAAACACAGUGGGAUAGCUCGUGGAGUAAACUCGGAGCCUCGAAAGAAGUAACGUCGGUUAUUUUAUGUCGAGAGUGGAUUUGAAAUUGAAUAUCAUGAGGGUUAGAAGUACAACUCAGAACAACAAGUAGUAAUAGUUUAAUCGAUUGAUCAUGAGAAUGAUUCGUAUUAGAUUCGUGGCGUUGCUGGUGAUUAUGGGCGUGGAAUGAAUUGACACACGAAUUCAACGCCAAGAAACGAAGCAUGACCCUUCUAAGUAACUCUUUCCUCAUCUACUCUCCUUCCUCCCUCUACUCCUGCUCUAAACCACUUAGAGGUGCAGCCUGGGACUGCCUCUCCAACGUUUCUGCCUAGCAUGCUUCGCCGACUACGCGAGACCAACAUGAUUUUCGUGAGUCACCACCUUCGCGGUGGUGCUGCUUCAGGUGGCAGUAGCAGUCCUAGCUCCCCACCCACAGCCGCCCACUCUUUUCAUUAAGGCUAGUCCAUCACUCACCCGCGUGGACUGUGGUUCUUAGUGGGGUCUCCCUGCUGGAUAUGAUUUCAAGAAGAAUCAAAUCUAAGUGGGAAAAUGGGCAACUCACUCAACCAAUACCAAGGAUAGCGCAAAACUAACUCUAAUCUCAGCUAGGCGGUUGUACUGUCAAUCGAAUAGCUCUAUUUGUAGAAUUACACGUUCGCGGAGUGGGUGCCCAACUGAAGAUCCGGACGGAGCACCAAGUUUUUGUACCCCUAGUGCAGAAACUGAUUGAAAAAGCUCUGACUAGUGGCGAUGGAUGAGGUGGUGGUGGAAUGUGAUGAACUUGCUGGGAUGUCUACGCUUUGCUUCUUCUUGAUGAGUUGCAUCACGCUGAAGAAGAUUGCAGAUUGUGCGGUGGUUAACCCUCAGACUAGAAGACUGACGACGAUUAUCAUUAUGCUACCUGACUGCUAUUAAGCGGUGGUAAAAAAUGAUAGAUAACAACAAGUGAUAGAAGAUACAACAAAUUGAUAAAAGCCGAUUUUGAAAAUCCUAAAAAACGUUUAUUCUGCUAUGUUGUAUUUCGGAAAAACCUCCGAGCCGACAACUCGAAAUUAACUACAUGAUCAUGAUGAUCGGACACGAAGGCUACAUCUCCUGGUAACUAAGGUCGAUAGGUUUUCAUCUACAUCAAUAGGAUCACGAUCAGUGUACAGCUACAGAUCCUUAAUAUGCUCGACUAACUUCUUAUGCCUGUACAUGCUUGCUAUUCUAACUCCUUAUUUUUGUCACCUGCAUGGCCAUGGUCUUCUGGUUUGAACUCUACAUGAUGAAUAAUAGAUUCUUCAUACUUCACUUUCGCGAAGACUCUGUAAUACUAACACGAAGAUACGGAUCAGCAUCUUGUAGAGAAAAAUAAAGAGAGAUUCCAGGAUAGAAAUAAAAGAAAACUUUGCCACAGCCAUAUUGCGUUGCUUUCUGGAAAGGCUCCGGCUACCAGCACCGACGGGAAUUUUUAAUGCAAG